AUGGAAAUCAUCAACAACCCAACAUCUAAACUUGUCCCUGAACUACUGUUUCAUACUAUUCUUACUGUCAUUGACUAUCCCCAUGAUGCAUCCGGAGCCAGUCGCACCAUUUACGUGCUGAAAACGCAUGGUACCUUGGACGCAGCUAAAGCUUACGCCAAACAGUCGCUUGAGAAGCUCAACUUCCAGCCUGACGACUUCCAGAAGUACGAGAUACGCGGCCACGAUAAAGACCUGCCCGGAGAGAAAUGGACUCAUGGCGACGGAAUCCUAGUGUUUGCUCGCUCCAUCGACGGUCAAGAGCUUCGUGUGAGCGUCGAUACCACGCCGAACAACGAGUCACUCGGCUCAGAUGUCCAAAACGGUGAAAUGAUACUACCUGAAGGGGCAAAGUUCUUGCACUACUUGGUUCAAACCACGGUUGACUACCACGUGGAUCGGAGUGGCGGAUCGCAGCAGACGAGCAUUCAGGGGGUCUACCUCCAUCGUGCGGAUGCUUGGACAGCCGCACACAAGUGUCUUGACCCAGAGGAUUUCGCAGAGUAUGACUACAGGGGUGAUUCCGAAUUUGUCAAGGAGUGGCCCUUUGGCGAGAAUGUUGCUGUCCAUGCUGUGUCGGAUUUGGGGCAGAACUUCCUGAUUGCGGUGAAUACGCCGCCGCAGCAUAAACAGGAUGUGAGAAAACAUGGCCGGAAGAGGCGUGAAUCGAGGGAAGAAGUGUAG